AUGCAUCAACUGGAAGCAGAACAUGAGUUUGAACUCCAAAAGUUCCCGGGGAUAGUUUCGACAGAACUCGUUUGCAGUGUCGGCAUCAGAAUAGAGUCAGAAACUAUGUCAGUUGCAGGUAGAACGGGAGGAAAACCAGAUUGUGGAAUUGAAAUCAGAACUAUACCUGGCACAGGUCAUGAAACUGAGGCUCACAAGGGAACCACCAAUUGGGACUAUAACACUCUGGAAUCGGAGUCAGAACAACCAGUUGGUGGUGUUAAAACACUUACUGAUUGUGAACCAAGACUAGACUGA